GAACUUAGAAGAAAAUUGGGGUUUGAAUUCCAAGCCGUACAGUGGGCUGUCCCGUAAUUUAACCUAAACAUCAAGGGCAACUCCUUCAAUUCUCAAAAUUUCAGGAUUUUGCCCCUGAAGUCUUUGAGUGGUAAAAACGUUUUCAAAACCCUCUCUUUCACUCUCUCCCUUUUCUCAUCGGAUGCUCACAAAACCCUAGCCCUGGCUUCUCUCUCCCGCCCUCUGCUACAUUAGGGUUUUGAUUCCGUCCUAUAUAUAUUGCACUAUAUAACGUAUAUUUAUCAUAUAAUAUUUGGGUUUUUCUAUUUUUCCCUUUUUUUUUGAAUUUUAAUUUGGGACGAAGUAGAGUUUAGAGAUGGUCUCUGGUUCGCGAAUCGAAGGUGGGACUCAGAUAAUCUCUGCGGGAGUGAGAAAAACAAUUCAAUCCCUCAAAGAAAUAGUGGGCAAUCACUCCGAUAUUGAUAUUUAUUGGGCUCUCAAAGAAACCGACAUGGAUCCUAAUGAAACCGCCCAGAAAUUGCUGAACCAAGACCCAUUUCAUUUGGUGAAGAGAAAAAGAGAUAAAAGGAAGGAGGUAUCCUCUAAUCUUCAGAGUAUGGGGCACAAAGUUUCUGUGGAGCCAAGAAGACCAUUUGAGAGUGCAGGUCAAGGACCGAAAUCAAAUACAUCUUCUGAUCGUAAUGUUAGAAGAGGAGGUUAUGCUCGCAGUGGUGUAACUGGAAUCAGCAGAGAGUUUCGUGUUGUGAGAGACAACAGAGUUAACCGAAAUAUCAAUAGAGAAACCAAGCCUGCUUCACCACAAUGUACAACAUCCACCAAUGAGCAAGUGUCAAAUAUUUCUGAAAAGGGCCCAACAGGAAGUUCAAGUAAUCAAAAGCCAUCUAGCAGACAGAAUUCAUCUCAAGUAUUGAAUGGGCAAACUGAUCCUCAAAUUAGAACCAGUGAUGCUAAUGCAACUGGUUCGGUAAGAAAAGAGACAUUGGUGGAGAAGCGAGUUACUCUUCCAACUGCAGCUCUGCGGGUGCAAGCAGUGAAGCCAAGCAAUUCCCAACCACACUCUGCAGUGGUGGUGUCGAGCAAUUCUGUUGUUGGGUUGUAUUCUUCUUCCACAGAUCCUGUUCAUGUGCCAUCUCCGGAUUCCAGACCAUCUGCUUCUGUUGGUGCUAUUAAACGGGAAGUUGGUGUUCGGAGGCAAUCUUCUGAAAACUCCAAUCCAUCUGCACCUAGUAGUUCUCUCUCAAAUUCACUUUUGGGAAAAGAGGGUUCUACGGAGUCAUUUCGACCUUUCACUGGCAUCUCUAAAACUGAUCAAGUCGGCCAAACCUCUGAAUCUGUGAUGCCUAGCAUGUCGGUCAGCAGACCAUUCUUAAGUAAUCAGCACAAUGCCAGGCUGCAUCAACAACCCGUGGGUCAUCAGAAAGCUUCCCAGCCUAAUAAGGAAUGGAAACCUAAGUCAAGCCAAAAGCCAAGCUCUAAUAGCCCUGGAGUCAUUGGAACACCAACAAAAUCUGUUUCAUCUCCUUCUGAUAAUUCCAAGGUCUCAGAGUCAGAAGCGGCUAAGUUGCAAGAUAAGCUUUCGCGAGUAAAUAUAUAUGAUAACACUAACGUCGUCAUAGCACAGAAUAUUAGGGUUCCGGACAGUGAUCGUUUUCGGCUAACAUUUGGAAGCUUGGGAACGGAGCUUGAUUCAACAGGGAAUAUGGUUAAUGGAUUUCAAGCAGGAGGUACAGAGGAGUCAAAUGGGGAACCUGCAGGAAGUUUGUCACUAUCAGCUCCACAGUCCUGCAGUGAUGAGGCUUCUGGCAUCAAGCCAGUAGAUUUGUUAGAUCACCAAGUUAGAAAUUCUGGAUCUGAUUCUCCAGCAUCAGGUGCAGUGCCUGAGCGUCAAUUGCCUGAGAAAAACGAGACCUCAAGUCCUCAAACUUUAGACAAUUAUGCGGAUAUUGGUUUGGUUCGAGACACCAGUCCAUCCUAUGCACCUUCAGAUUCACAGCAGCAAGAACAACCAGAGUUAGAAGGUUUUUCGCAGGCAUUUGAUCCUCAGACUAGUUAUAAUAUACCUUAUUACAGACCGCAUAUGGAUGAAAGUGUACGGGGACAGGGUCUGCCAUCUCCACAUGAGGCAUUGAGUUCACAUAAUGUCAACAGCAUCGCUGCAUCAACAGUUGCCAUGGUUCAACAGCAACCCCCCCCUGUGGCACAGAUGUACCCACAAGUUCAUGUUUCACAUUAUGCUAAUCUUAUGCCAUACCGCCAAUUUCUCUCACCAGUUUAUGUUCCACCGAUGGCCGUGCCUGGCUAUUCCAGCAACCCUGCCUAUCCUCACAUGUCUAAUGGCAACAGCUACUUGCUGAUGCCUGGAGGUGGAUCCCACCUAAAUGCGAACAGCCUCAAGUAUGGAGUUCAGCCGUUUAAGCCUGUCCCCGCUGGAAGUCCCACAGGGUACGGGAAUUUUACUAAUCCUAAUGGGUAUGCAAUCAAUGCCCCAAGUGUAGUUGGAGGUGCCUCAGGGCUCGAAGAUUCAUCUAGAAUCAAGUACAAAGAUGGCAAUCUUUAUGUCCCAAAUCCACAGGCUGAGACAUCAGAGAUAUGGAUUCAGAACCCAAGGGAGCACCCAGGCCUGCAAUCCACUCCAUACUACAACAUGUCUGCUCAAUCACCUCAUGGUGCUUAUAUGCCAUCUCACGCUGCUCAUGCUUCCUUCAAUGCAGCUGCAGCCCAAUCUUCCCACAUGCAAUUCCCAGGUUUGUACCACCCUUCUCAGCCUGCUGCAAUUCCCAAUCCACACCAUUUGGGUCCUGCUAUGGGUGGUAACGUUGGAGUUGGGGUGGCAGCAGCUGCUCCUGGGGCACAGGUUGGUGCAUAUCAGCAACCCCAACUGAACCAUAUGAAUUGGCAAACCAACUUCUGAACAAAGAAAGAACAAAAAAAGUAAAAGGAAAAUGUGAAUCUAACUCCUUGGUUGUAAGGGCUGAAGUAGAGGUAUAGCAGGGUUUUUCUUUGUCAAAUGAAUAUAACCCAUAAUCUUUUCGUAUUUAAUGAAUCAAUGCUUCAUGUGGUGUUCCAUUUUUCAA